AUGGUAAAACUUCGUUUAAAACGAUGUGGUAGAAAGCAACGCAUUUAUCGAAUCGUUGCAAUUGAUGUUCGAUCCCGACGAGAGGGAAGAGAUCUUCGUAAAGUGGGUUUUUAUGAUCCGAUAAAGAAUCAAAUCUAUUUAAAUGUUCCUGCUAUUCUAUAUUUCCUUGAAAAAGGUGCUCAACCUACAGGAACUGUUCAUGAUAUUUCAAAAAAGGCGGGGGUUUUUACGGAGCUUCGCCUUAAUCAACAAACAAAAUUCAAUUAA